ACGACCCGAGAAAGAAAGAAAGCAAGCAAAAGGGCAUGCACGUCAUCGUCGAAAGAAAGAAAACUCUUCUCUUUUUCCCAGAGAAAGAAACAAACAAACAAACACAUUUUUCCCUUCCAAGGAAAGAAAAUGAAACGUAACAUCAUUGGAAUCAAAAAAUCAGGGUCCGAGAGAAAUUCCCAUUUAUACAUUACCAUACAAGACUCACAUGCCUGCAAAUUCUUUUCCUUUUUCGCCAAGAAACCACAGCAGCAACACAGCAUAGCAUACAUACAUGCUUUAAUUUUCGCAAGCUGCCAUUGAAUUGAACCAACGUGUGUGUAAUGUGAGAGUGAGCCAGAUUCUGUUGAGAAUUGAGAUCCGUAUACGCACGCAUUAUUCACCGUUAUUCUUUUCAAACGACCAUAUUCUUCUCUUCUGUUCUGGGAAUUCAAUUUCAAAGAAGGAAAGAAAAAGAAAAACCCUUCAUUUGCAUUUUUUUUUUGUUUCUUUCUAUUCUCUCUCUCUCUGAGGCUACCGUCUCUGGUGGUGGCACUUAUAAGAAAGCGAGAAACGGUGGCGUUUUGGUUCGGAAUUAGAAUUACUGUGAUAGGUGAUGGGUAGCUGCCCUUGUUUCGGGUUGAGGAGCUGGAAGACCAGAGUGAAGAGCGGCGUCAAGGCUCAUCAGGACGAACAGAACAAGAAUCGCAAAUCUCUGGACAACAACAGCAAUAAUAAUAUUAAUAAUGUCUCUGAAACUUCUUCAGGACUUGGACCAGAAGAAAACCUAACAGAGAGUGGCAGUUCUUAUAAGCCUCAGAUAUUUACCUUCCGGGAGCUUGCAACAGCAACAAAAAAUUUUAGGGAUGAAACCUUUAUUGGGCAAGGUGGAUUUGGCAUUGUUUAUAAAGGCACGAUCGGGAAAAUAAAUCAGGUUGUAGCUGUUAAAAGACUUGAUACUACUGGUGUCCAAGGGGAGAAAGAAUUUCUGGUGGAAGUUCUCAUGCUUUCCCUUCUACGCCAUUCCAACCUUGUUAAUAUGAUUGGUUACUGUGCUGAAGGGGAUCAACGUCUUCUUGUGUAUGAGUACAUGGCUUUGGGAUCUUUAGAAUCUCAUCUUCAUGAUGUUUCACCUGAUGAAGAACCACUUGAUUGGAAUACCAGAAUGAUGAUAGCAUGUGGGGCAGCAAAAGGACUAAAUUAUCUGCACCAUGAAGCAAAGCCUUCUGUUAUAUACAGGGAUCUGAAAUCAUCCAACAUACUAUUGGAUGAAGGUUUCCAUCCAAAACUUUCUGAUUUUGGGCUUGCAAAAUUUGGUCCAACCGGAGAACAAUCAUAUGUUGCCACUAGGGUCAUGGGAACACAAGGUUACUGUGCCCCUGAAUAUGCCACUAGUGGAAAAUUAACGAUUAGAUCUGACAUUUACAGUUUUGGGGUUGUGUUAUUGGAACUAAUUACUGGACGCAGAGCAUAUGAUGAUAACAGUGGCCCUGUAAAGCAUCUUGUAGAAUGGGCACGCCCAAUGUUUAGAGACAAAAGGAGUUUUCCAAGAUUGGUAGAUCCACGGCUUAAAGGUAACUACCCAGGAUCAUAUCUAUCGAAUACCAUUGAAUUGGCAGCCAUGUGUCUUCGUGAAGAGCCACAUCAACGGCCUAGUGCAGGUCAUAUAGUGGAAGCUCUAGAAUUCUUGUCAUCCAAGCAAUAUACCCCAAAAGUAUCCAACACAGUCAACUCAGCAGGGAUGGAGAGUGUAGAAUCUCCAAAAGAAACAUCUGUGAUUUUGCCUCAAGAAUCAGAAAGAGAGCGAGCUGUUGCAGAGGCCAAGCUGUGGGGGGAGACAUGGAGGCAGAGACGACAAAGUGAGCAAAGUAGUCCUGAAGGAAGCAAAUAGGUAGUGAAAUUGACUUUCUGUUCGUUCUCUUGUUUACUACAUGCAUCAUGAUACCAAAGAAGAUUCAACAUACUUCAAGUGCAGGGGGAAACAGAAAGAAAACCUUCAAAGCAGAUUAGAAGUGGCUAGUAUCUAAAAAGGUAUAGGGAAAGUUAAAAAAAAAAAAAACUUCAAAAGAUAAUGUGUUCAAGAUUUACAUGUAGCUAAUAAAAUUAGUUGGCCAGAUAAUUUUAAAAAGUGCUGUUUAGGCACUUGUGAACUUGAGGCUCAACAUGACAUGCUUUGACAUGAGAUUUCAGAUUUUAUGAUUGCUCUAGCUUUUCUGCAUUGAAAAAUAUGAUACAUUACUAGU